UAGGUGAGAGUGGUUACAUUUGUACAAGUGCUUCUCAGCUGACAUGCAUUUGAAAGGUGCCGAGAUCAAUGAAGCAAUCCCUCGUUUUUCCCUUGAAACAUCGGUUCUCAAUUUAAUGAUUGAAGCAAUGGAAUAUAAUGCAAACAAAGUAGCUCAGAUUGAAGAUUCUACAGGCAAGACAUUCACUUUUGCUGAUAUCCUUGCGCAAAGCAAGGCAAUCUCCACAGGACUCAGACAAACUGGCAUCUCCCCAGGAGACUAUGUUGUGCUUUGUUGCAGAAAAAGUUGUCUUGCCUUUGCCGUUGAACUGGGUGUCAUGUUUACUGGGGCCAUUCCAGUCUUGGUUGAUGUGAAAUCUGCCAGUGAGAUUCACAAGUACACCUCAAAACAAAACAUUAAAGCAAUUUUCUGUGACAAGACAGAGAUACAACUAGUAAAUCAAUCAAUAACAGAAAUUAAUCCAAAACCAAUUUUGGUUGCUGCAAUGGAUGUCAAUGGCACCACUAUGAAAAAAUUACUUUUGUCCAGUGAUACAUUUUCAGUUUAUGAAGUAACGGAUAUCAAAAAGAAGGUAGUUUUGGUGUUGUUUACCAGUGGAACCACAUCAAGUCCUAAGGGGGUUCAGAUAACAGAUUUGGGUCUCCAGCGACUUGCAUACGCCUUGGGUGAUGAAUUUGUUGAGUCUUAUUUACUGACAAGUCCAUUCUCAUGGGUCAGCUGCACAAUUUCCUUGGUGUCCAGCCUGCUCAAAGGAUACUCUCUUGUCCUCAGUGAAGCAAAGGAUCCUGCCUCUCAGUUCAAAACCAUUGAAAAGUAUAAAGUCAAUGGAUGGACUGUAUCUUCCAGCAGUAUGAAUCUUUAUGUCAAGGAACCCACACUAUCUUCAGUGGACCUCUCAUCACUAACAGCGAUAAAUGUUGGAGGAGCUGUUGUAAGAAAGAAGACAAUUGAAAAUUUUAAUUCACAAGUUUUGAAGGGUAGGAUCGGGGUGCAAGUGUUGUACGGGAUGACAGAAAUUGGAAUCAUUACAACAUGGAACAAACACAAUCUACUAGAUCUGUCCAAAGCCGACUCUUCAGGCUACUUAGCCCCUGGGGUGGAAGUGAAGAUUACAGAUGAAGAAGGCCAUCUAGUAGAACCAGGAAGCGUAGGAGAAGUAAGGACUCUGUCUCUUUCUACAAUGCUGGGCUACUGGGGACGACCUGAACUUAAUCCUCUGUUGUUUGACUCUGACGGAUUCUUUAAGACUGGAGAUGCUGGAUAUUUCGACAACGAAGGUUUCCUUUAUAUUUCUGGAAGAGUGAGCGAUAUUAUAACCCAUGGAGAUUCCAAGGUUUCAAUAUCUGAGAUGGAAGACCUGCUAAAGUCCCACUCAAAAGUGAUAGAUGCUGGAGUUGUAGCUAAACCCAAGUCUGACUCUUACAAACUGAUUGUCUUCAUUGUUGUCAAGUCAGGCUGUCAAGUCUCAGGAACGGAAAUAUCAGAGUAUCUCUCAGAACAAACCGGAGGUGCAGUUAGUCUAGAGGUUCAUGAGAUUGAGACAAUUCCUCGAACUCCGUCCAACAAAAUUCACAGGGGCUUGCUGCUCUGCAUGGCUGAUAAGCUCUGCACAUGAUGUCAUCAAUCAAGGAGUUAUAAAUAUUUGUCUUAAGUUUAUAUAAAAAAAUAAUAUAAAACAUCAAAAUAAUAGGCUAAGAAAAAGAACCAUCCCUAGAUUGGACAAUGAACAAACACAAGUUUUCACUUUUUAUUUUAUGAAUUUGCUAUGGACAAGAAAGCAAAACUGAACUUUUUUUUAAUUUAAUUUUAUUUUAAAUUCAUAUUGGUAACUAAAUAAAUAAAUAUUUCAAAAUAACUUUAGCCCCCCAUUUUUGUUGGAAUGAAUUUCCUUUUAUGUGCAUUCAAUAAGGCUGCAUUUACGUUAUCAAGCACAACUAGUUACCUGCACAACUUCAUAUUACGCUCUUUCCAAUGACACCAAAAACAUGUCAAUCGGUUCAGUAGUUUCAGAAGAGUAAUUGUCACAAAAAACCUGCUUGUGUAUUAAAUAAGUAUAGAUAUUUAAGUUUGAAGUACAUGAACCUGCCUCAUAAUUUACAACAAAUUUUUUUCAAAAUUGAUUUAAGACUAUUUGUAAUUAAUUUACCUAACUGGUGUGGUGAAGAAUUAAAAGGAGGUCGCCUAACAUAUAUAACAGGGAUUAAUUUUUUAUUUUGAAGACAAUAAAACUGUAUGGAUGACGUUUGAUAUUUUUAGAAUAAUUAGCAGCUUCAAAAUUAUUUUAAUAAAUAAUAUGAGUAGUUCGCCAGUUUGUAGAAGAGUUGGAGGAAAAUUAUCGACUGAUAGUGGCU